ACCCCAGAAAAAGUAAGCAAGUACACACAAGUCUAAAUGCUUCUCCGAUCUAUCAUCUGCUGGUCUCCACUGGCCUUCCUCUUUGCGCCAAGUCCCGUGCGAGUAUUCACUUGUAUGGGAACUCACAAUGAGACCUCUACAGUGCCGCGGCGAUCCCUCCCUUGUAGAUUUCAUGGCAAACUAGAGGUACCUCAGGCUACAGCCUUCGAAGCUACAUAGACGACCCGAGACAAUCCAAGACUCUUUUAGAACUAGCCACAAUACUGGUCAUGCGUGAUCACAUCAUCACUCAUCAUCAGCCUU